AAGACAAAACCCGUCUACCGUCCGCCGACUCAUUUUUCCCGAGCCGUCAGACGCGAAGAUGAAGAGCGUCGUCGCCGCGGCGGUUCUUUCGCUGGUCCUGGUCUCCGUGCGGUGCGCCGCUGCGCCGAUGAGCUGUGAGACGCUGCUGAGGCCUAUAAGCGUCAGCAACGAGCAAAUUUUGGGGCGCUGGCUGUACGUCGGGGGGAGCUCGGACCUCCCCGGGAGUCGGUCCCUGGGGCGCCUGCUCGACAGCGUCCGGCUGGACAUCGGCGCCGCCCCCGUGGGCGACGUCCUCACCAUCUUCCAGGCGCAGAGGAUCUACGGCGAGUGUUCCGGCAUGAGGUACAACGUGACCGUGAAGAACAGCACCAUGUUGAUCGAGCGGCCUUUCUACCUGAAGGAAGUCUACCUGCAGACGGACUGCUCGGACUGUCUGGUGGUCUACGAGGAAGUCAAAUCCAGCCGGGACUCUUUUCGGAGUCUUCUGCUCUUCAGCAGGCGACGGAACGUCUCGGCCGCUGACGUGGAGACGCUGAAGAUGCAAGCCAAGUGCCUCCGCAUGCCCUCCCCGCUCAUGAUGGAGCCGAUCCACGAGCCGUGCCCGGACGACAUCGCGACGACGGACGGGAUCGCCGCCUUCAACUCCUUGUUGGAGGCCAAGAUGGGGCAGCGGCUCGCGAGGCUGCUGGACAACAUUUUCGACAUGUUUGUCAACUGAUCGACGAUUUUGCGCUCCAAAUGAAAUCUGCCGCAAGUAGUGUAGUGUGUCGCCAUUAAA